AUGGUCUUAGAUGCGACUACCGCUUGCUUAUCAUCACAUUCAAUGGUUAUGAAGAUUCUCGGUACAGACCAUGAGACUAGCCAUUCCCAAAGUCGCUCGCUGACCCAAACCCGCGGACAUCUGCCAGUAAACACCUCCACCUCCUCAGACGCCUGCAUGAAUAUAGUGCACAGUCUCAUGUGUCAUCGAAAGGGUGGGGAGUCGGAGGAGUUCUCCAAAUUCGCUAUUGAAAGCCUCAUUAAGAAGCUGAAGGAUCGCAGGGACGAGUUAGAUGCACUUAUCGUGGCAGUGACUAGCAAUGGGGCUACACAGACCAGCUGCGUGACCAUCCAGCGAACCCUCGAUAGUCGAAUGCAGAUUGCUGGUCGGAAGUGUUUUCCACAUCUCAUCUACGCUCGCCUCUGGCGAUGGUCGGAUGCUCACAAAACGGAGCUGCGCCAUCUGCCUUUUUGUCACUUUGGAUUUGACAAGAAGCUUGAUUGGGUUUGUGUCAACCCCUAUCACUACGAGCGCACCGUCUCUUCCGCCCUCGACAUCUCGUCGUUGGCUCUUAGUCCUCCCGUUGAGAGGCGCAAGGGUAAGGUUGCUUGCACGCGCGUACAUAAUCUGCCUUCAGGAGUCGAGGGAGAGGAGGUCUUUACUAAGCAGAGGCGUCAUAGCAGCGAACUGCAGCACCCUGAUACCAAUCAUCCCGCUCCUACGCUUCGACUCAGUGUUCAGUCUCUUCUCGACGAAGGUGUCCCUAACUUGUCUGGGGUUGCUAAACAAGAACAGACAAAGAAUAGUACAAUCGUCUACGAGCCUGCACAUCGGCAGCAGCAACAACAGCAACCACCCUCUACUUCUGCCACUGUCACAACAACAGCAGCCAAUCCCCUUUCACUGGAAAAUGUUGAUGCGGCAACAGCGAAUCUAUUGAACCUCAUGCAGUGGGUCAGCAACGCAAACGCCACUUUCGCGGCCGCUGUGGCUGCUGGUGGUGGCGGUGUGGGUGCACAUUCCGUUCCGCCUCCCCCUCCACCGGCGCCGGUCCAAACGCUUCCAUCGUCACACCCUACUUCCAGUACCGAAGAGGCCUCCGCCGUAGCGCUCGACGCGGCAGAGACAGCGGCCCUCCUCGAUCCCAUAGCCGCGUCGGGAGGUGCUCCGGCACCUAUCCUAUACCCCAGCCAAUGCUCCGGCGGCAGCGGCGGCACCAACAACGGGCAGUCCGCGUUCACUGCUGGUGGCAGCGGUAGUUAUGGGCGUGCCUCGCAGCAGCAGCAACAAUCCGUUUCCUCAUCUUCCACUGCCUCUCUUAGUGGUGGGUGGGGUGGCGGUGGUGCACCUGGUGGACAGCCUCCUCCCAUGCUCCCACCGAAUCCACCUCCCAGUGGAAGUCUACAGCCUUCACAAUUGACAACACAGAGGCCGCCGGAGUAUUGGUGCAAUAUAGCCUACUUCGAGUUGGAUCAGCAGGUGGGCGAGUUAUUCAAGGUACCCAGUCACUAUACACGUGUAAUUGUGGACGGCUACACCGAUCCGUCCAGUCGAAAUCGAUUCUGUCUCGGUCAGCUCUCCAACGUGCACAGGUCGGAGCAGUCAGAGAAAUCGCGCCUCUACAUUGGAAAGGGUGUCGAGUUGGACAUAGUGGGGGAGGGUGAUGUGUGGAUCCGCUGUCUCUCGGAGUUCUCCAUCUUUGUACAAAGCUACUACCUUGAUCGCGAGGCAGGCAGGGCACCAGGCGAUGCUGUACACAAAAUCUACCCUGGUGCUUACAUUAAGGUGUUCGACAUUCGUCAAUGCCACGAACAGAUGCGUCAUCUGGCCCACAUGACACAGGCUGCGGCUAUGCGUCAGGCCGCUGCGGUAGCGGGUUCGAUGCAGAUGGGCGCAGUAGCCGAUGCAGCCGCCGCUGCCUCCGCUGCUGCAGCAGCAACUGCGCCAAUGGGCACAUGUGAAGCCGCUGGUGUAGGGGUGGACGACUUCCGUCGACUAUGUAACCUUCGUCUUAGUUUCGUCAAGGGCUGGGGUCCGGACUAUCCCCGACACGACAUUAAGGAGACUCCUUGUUGGAUUGAAAUCCAACUACACAGACCACUGCAACUAUUAGACGAGGUUUUGCAGGCGAUGCCACUGAACGACUUAAAGCCAACCCGGCAUUUCUUCUACUAUCAAAAUCAACUGCAGCCACCACCUUCGCAACAUCUGGCAAAACGCUGA